AUGGACGACUCAGAAGGCAAAUCAUCAUCCGAUGGCGUGCCCAAGUGGCAGCUCAACGCGCCCAGCGAUGAAGCGCCCGCAGAUGCGUCUCCGUCGCAACAGGAGAGCCAGACAGACAAGCUAGAGGUUGCGCGACGAUUUCUGGACGACGACGCCGUCAAGGCAGCUCCGCGAGAUACCAAGGUCGAUUUUUUAAAGUCCAAGGGUGUUGAAGAUGAAGAUAUCGAGCAUCUCCUCGGUGGGCUAGAAGAGGCGCCAUCAUCGGCCAAGGAUUCCACACCAUCAGAAGAGUCCAAACAAAAAGCGCUGCAAGUGCUUGAAAACUCAUUUGCCCCGAAACCGCCCGCCGUUCCCGAACCGUCGAAUCCUAUCCUGGCAGGCAGCGAUCGGCCUCCCGUGGUGACAUAUCCCGAGUUCCUCACCAAGCCUCAACGCACACCCCCCUUGGUCACAACCAAUGGAAUCCUCAACACCCUCUACGCAUUUGGCGGCCUAUCGGCACUUCUCUAUGGCACGAGUAAAUUCGCCGUUGAGCCGAUGGUUGAGAAGCUGACGAGCGCGCGAAUCGAUCUGCACGAGACCACCGCAAACAGGCUGGAUUCCAUCGUGAAGCAGCUCGAGAGUACCGUCUCUGUCGUCCCGUCAUACAAGAGUUCCGGAGCAAACGCUGCCUCGGAGACAACCGAAUCCGAGGACCCAUCCGAAAUGUUCCACCGAGAUGUCGGCACUCAGACCUCAUUCCCCAACAGCCCUUCAUCUUCAUCUCCCAAGGGGAAAGACGAGGCGCAGUCAAAGGUCCAAGCCGAUCGUCUCUCGAAACUGGCAAAGUCCCUCAAGGGCCUUACAGACGACUUCAAACAGCAGAGCACCGAGUCCCAGGAUAUCAAGGUAUUGCUAGACGUCUUCCGCGACGAUCUUGACAAUAUGACAUACGGACACCACGCCGAAUUAUUCGGAAAUUUCGACAAGAGGAAGAAGAAGGACUCCGAAGACGAAAUCCGGAAAGUAAGGGAUAACAUCCGAAGGAUAAAGGGUGUUCUAUUGAGCGCGAGGACUUUCCCUACCUCUGCUAGGUGA